UCUUCUCCCAUUAGGCAGUAACCGAAGAGGCGCAGCUUGUUGACUUUCAGCAGCUGAUUUGGGAAAGGACUGUCUUCAUGGCUUCAUAGAGUCAUUUAACUUCCUUAACGUGAUUAAAAACAAUGAACUUCAUCAGAUCCCGUCUUGCCAUCGGCACCUUCUUAGGUCAGAGGUACAGACAGGUCACCACAACAUGGAGCCACAGACCCAUGUGCAGUAAACCACAGGAGACCAAACCUGAGCAUCCACCUGCAUAUGCAUCUCGUCCCGGGUUCAAAAUCCCAGGGUACAAACCAUCCGAGAUGGACAAGAAGAUUUUGAUCUGGUCAGGACGGUUUAAGACAGUAGACCAGAUACCAGAGCUUGUGUCGUUUGAAAUGAUUGAUGCUGCCAGAAACAAAGUCAGGGUGAAAGCCUGCUAUGUGAUGAUGGCAGUAACAAUAGGAGCCUGUUUGUUGAUGAUCUUUUUGGGUAAACAGGCUGCAGGCAGAAAUGAGUCCCUCACAAAUCAAAACAUGGAGAAGAAAGCUAGAUGGAGGGAGGAAGUCCAAAGGGAGAAGGAAGCUAAGAUGGUCAUGUCUGAGAAGGCUCAGUGAAGGAGACCCCUCAUCAUGACACAGCAGGGCUAAUUUGGGACCAUUGAGUCCCUCUUUCCUACUGUAACACUGCUUCAAGGCGUUCCGUUCCCACCGUUUGGAGAAAUAGAGCAACGAAAUUCAAAGCAGUUUGUUCAUACGAUCAACCUUUGCAGGAGAGACCUCAAUAAAAACUAUGGAUUAUUAAAUUUAGAUUUGGAAGCAUAUUUCAAGGUUUUAUCUCAUCAGUGAAUGCACUUAGGUGAAUGACUCACAACCGCUAUUUUUGUGGAAGUCGCAUUUUACAAUGAUCACAAGAGAACAGAAAGCCACAAAAUCACUUAAGCUGAUACUUUACAACAGAUUUAAAUGCUUUUUUUUUUUAAAUGGCUAUCAGGCAAAUGUACUUAGAGACUUCACGUCACAGAUGGAUAAAUAAAACACGUUUUCUUUCUAGUCAGUUUAAGACACUGGUCGUCAGUCAUCACAAUAAAUUAUGUUAUAUGACCUAUCUGUUGUGCUUGUUCUUAGGUUAAUUAAUAUUGGUUUUGUAUGCAACAAGUGCCCAAAUUAACAUCCAGUAAAGUCUGCUUGUAUAGAUUUAUGACCCUGUGUGUUUUGUUUGAUUAAAUGUAUGUGUUUAAUUUUA